AUGUCAGCCACUCCAGAAUCACCUGUUUCCAAAACAAACGAAUCAACCGCUGAGAAUUCUAUUGUUAAUGAACAACAAAGCAACAUUGAAACUCCAUCAUCACAAGAAGUUGAAGUGGGAAUUCCAAAAGAAGUUGAAAUUGAAGAAUCUACUAGUAAAGAAGUUAAUGAUACAGAUGAAGCUAUAGAUGAUGAUCAACCACUUUCAAAAUUUGAAGAAUCUUUACAAUUACGUGACAAGAUGGAAGCUUUAAUUAGAAGAACUGUUCAAACUAAAAAAAGAUGUGAUAAAUUGGAUCAUGAUAACAAAUAUUUACAAGAAUAUGUUGGGAACUUGAUGAAUAGUGGUGAUUUCUUAUCUAAAAGAGCUUGA